GAUAAACACCAAAAAAUGCAGCAGAAUAAUAAUGGGCAAAUGCAUACGUUUUGCAGUGAAAUGCAACCAACGUUUGUAAACUGUCAUAUAUUCGAGUUAUUGUAUCAGUGUCGUAACACUUUACGGUAUCCUGUCAAUCCGGAGCUGUACAAAGUGAAGUGAUAUAACCUGCACGUUCAUAUCAGGCAAUGCGCUUUGGACUUCUCGACUGUCUGCAAGGUGGGACUCUGAAAACCGUCGUUGUGACUGUGUUGAUCAGUGGGUUGAUGCUCCCUCUGCUGAGGACUGUGGGAUUGCGGGCGUUCUCCAUGGCUUCAGAAACCUACACCUCCGGCACUCACUCCGCAGCAUUCGUCACGUGUCCCAAUGACACAGUAGCCAAAGAGCUGGCCCGGGCCAUUGUGGAAAAGAAGUUAGCUGCCUGUGUCAACAUAGUGCCCAAAAUCACAUCAAUAUACGAAUGGCAGGGGAAGAUUGAGGAGGACAGUGAAGUAUUGAUGAUGAUUAAGACGAGGAGCUCUAAAGUUCCAGAACUAGCAGAGUACGUGAGGUCAAACCACCCGUACGAAGUGGCUGAAGUCAUCAGCCUGCCCAUCGACCAGGGCAACCCUCCUUACCUGAAGUGGAUUGGCGACACGGUGCCUGAAUGAAGAGCCUCUCUCCACAAGUACUCUCAAUGAAAAAAGCCACCACAGUGUUGAAAAAUGAAGUCUUUUGACAGACAUGGAAGCGAUACCCCUUCUUCUGUUCCUUGUAUUUGAUAAAGACUGAUAUCAAAUUGCAACUGCUCCUUAUUUUUGAUUAGAUCUACAAAUGGAUUCUCCUCAUGGAAACGGAUUAUAGGCAAUAAACCACCAUGCAUUUGUACAA